CAGAGCCUUCCCUUGAGCACAGAAGCACACUGCACCACCACACGAACCAGCAGCACUGCUCGCCCAGCUACUGCCGGCCACUCGAGCGAGCAAGGCGCUGCUUCUGUCGGCGGCGGGUAGGUGGCGCCGUGCGUGCGUGCGUGCGUGGGGGAGCUAGCUGGUCGGCCGGCGAGGAUGAUGAGGACGGUGGCGGCGGUGGCGGUGGCCGUGCUGCUGGCGAUGGCGGUGGCGGAGGCGGAGGCGGGGGAACUCAAGGUGGGGUAUUACGACAAGAGCUGCCGGGGCGUGGAGAACGUGGUGAAGUGGCACGUCGCCAGGGCCAUCAAGGCCAACCGCAAGAACGGCGCCGCCCUCGUCCGCCUCAUCUUCCACGACUGCUUCGUCAGGGGCUGUGACGCGUCGGUGCUGCUGGACCCGACGCCGGAGAACCCGCACACGGAGAAGACGGCGCCGAUCAACAUCGGGCUGGCCGCCUUCGACCUGCUCGACGACAUCAAGUCGGCGGUGGAGGACCGGUGCCCCGGCGUCGUCUCCUGCGCGGACAUCCUCAUCUACGCCGCCCGCGACGCCGCCAGCCUGCUGAGCAACGGCCACGUCCACUUCGACGCCCUCGCCGGCCGGCUGGACGGCGUGCACUCCCACGCGGCGGAGGCGCAGCAGGACCUCCCGGACUCCACCUUCACCAUCGCCGAGCUCAUCCAGAACUUCAAGCGCAAGAACUUCACCAUCGAGGAGCUGGUGAUCCUGUCCGGCGCGCACGCCGUCGGGGUGGGCCACUGCUCGUCGCUCCGCGCCCGGCUGACCGCCCCCGCCAACCAGAUCCUCCCGGCGUACCGGGGCCUCCUCGCCGGGAAGUGCGCCAAGGGGCCGGACCCCAUCGUGCCCAACAACAUCAGGGACGAGGACGCCGGCGACGUGGCGGCGGCGGUGCCGGGGUUCCUCCCGAAGCUGAGGAAGGUCAAGGACUUCCUGGACAACAGCUACUACCACAACAACCUGGCGAGGAUCGUCACCUUCAACUCCGACUGGCAGCUGCUGACGGAGAAGGAGGCGCGCGGGCACGUGCACGAGUACGCCGACAACGGCACGCUCUGGGACGAGGACUUCUCCGACUCGCUCGUCAAGCUCAGCAAGCUGCCCAUGCCGCACGGCAGCGAGGGCGAGAUCAGGAAGCAGUGCCGCUUCGUCAACCAUCACUGAGAUUUCCCGAGCUCCCAUCACGCUGACGCUUCCCAUGGGUUGAACUUGAAUUCGGUCGCUCGCGUUUGAUUAUUCGUUUGUUGUUAUGUUUUUAUUUUUGUUUUAUUUUCUUCUUCGAUUUGUGGGAUUGAUUUGUGGAAAAAUGUGCGCAUGCGCCUGCGUGCGAUCUGUGUAGAUUUUUUUCCCGUCAAGUGUGGUGCCUUUAAGUGGCUUGGAUAUCAUCCAUCCAGGCAUCCAAUGCUCAUGUAAUAAUAAGGGUAAAAGAAGAUAAUGUAGUACUACACGUCUGUUUUUUUUUGAGACAAUUCCACGAAGCUUUAUUAA